AUGAACAUUGAGGCAUCGCUUCCCGGAGAAGGUUUCAGGCUGGGCGAGUUGCAGGCGUUCCUAAAAGAGCUCAGAAGCGCGGUGGUGGAAUUGGUUCCUGGCGGGCAGGUGAUAUGGUAUGAUGCGCUGAUAGUGCCCGACCAAGUGCACUGGCAGAGCGGGCUUACUUUACUCAAUGCGCCGUUAUUCAGGGUCACUGACAGGCUAUUCACGAAUUAUAGGUGGCGGGAGCCGUAGUUAGAGACUGCGAGUGUCAUGGCCGACUCUAUGAAUCGGGUGCCCGAUAUAUGCACUAGGAUAGACUGCUUCGGUCGGGGAUCGCUGGGUGGUAGGGGCUUCGGGGUGGUGAGGCGCUCUCUGCUAUUCGGAAGGCGGGAACAUCAGCGGCACUCUUCGCACCCGGAUGAACCUACAAGCGCUUUAAUGGUAGGUAAGCAUUUCGAAAACGUAGGUCGGGGAUUUUUGGUCGGCGGUGGGGGCGACAUCGUGGGUAGCCCUGUGAAGCCAGUUUCGUACUUUGUCUCUGGGAAAGCAUGA